AUGCUAGGAUACGGCUGGCUGGCCGCAUUUUUGUUGUGGCAAGGUGUUAGCUCGACGUUCCCGUGGGUGAAACCGGAAGUGCAAUUGAUCGAAAAGGAGCAGCCGAGAAGCCAGUUGCUCACUGAAGAAGACGUCCUGAAGGCCGUCCAUUUGUCGCUCGAUGGCACCAUCAUCGGCAUCAUUGUUUUAACGCUGCUGGCGAGUCUCUCGAGUUAUUACUGGGCGUGGAAGGGCUUUCACGACGAUCGAGAGCUGUUGCGUAUGCUGCGCACGUCGACCAAUGAGAUGACGAGCCUCGGCCAGUUGCAUGAGGAAUUGAAAGUCCAGAGCAUCAUCCAGCGCUAUUGCUCGGGACCCGAGCGCGAAGAGGCCAUCGACGAUCUGAUGGAGGCGCGACUGCUCGACUCGCUGCGCAGCCCCGAGUCGUCCGCUUGCGAUGACCACGAG